UUCGCGCGGGACCCUGUUGGUGAAGAAACAAAGAAUCCGCUUAAUAACUUGUCCCAUAGGUAGGAACUCGUAAUUAAAUUGAAGAGGAGUGAUUUGGAGAAGCUUGAAGAAGAACACCUCCGUGUAAUAAUGGCGGAAGAUUCUGAAAUGGCAUCGUCCACCUCCACCUCCCAAUUACAAUCUUCUUCUCAGAUAUCUCAUGAAGACGCCGCAAAACGAUCCCAGAUUCCAGCAUUCUCUGGUUUCCCAGACUUUCCAAAUAGUGAUUAUCCGAUGAUUCCAGUCAUGUAUCCCGCAAUUAUUCCAGGGUUAGCUUCUUUACAAAAUCAAGAACAGAUGAAUCAUGGAGCAGGCAUUUAUGCCAUCCCUGUUCUGCCAUUUGUGGGCCACGUUUCUGGACUUCCAUCCAACACUCUUAUUCCUCUAACCUACAAUAUACCCAUGAGAUCUGCUAAUGAAACUGGCUCUGGUGGUGAGGAGCAUGGUCAAGCAGCACAACCUCAGCAACAUCAACAGCAGCAGGCUGCAGCUCAAGGACAAGUUGUCAGGAGAUUUCAAAUUGCCUUUCAGCUUGAUCUUUUGCUUAUGCUAAAGUUGGCAGCAGGAGAAGCUGGAGCUGAGAAUGGGAAUCGGCCUGCAGAAGGUAACGGGGCAGCAGUUGAAAAUGAGAAUGUGGUUGAAGGAGAUAUAGAGAAUGGUGGUAACCAUUGGUGGGGUAUCGUGAAUGAAAUCCAGAUGAUUAUUUUUGGCUUCAUCACUUCCCUUCUUCCGGGGUUUCACAACAUAGACUAGAUUAGAUGAUACACUUUUUAACAGGUUUUUGACAUUCUGACCCAUGUUAAUAGCAGCAGACAUGUUUUAAUAGUUCUUUUGAAAUAAACAUGUAAUAUAAGGGAAAGAAAAAUCAUAGGUUUUUAUUAGUUAAUGGUUCUAAUGAGUUCUUUGAGAUUAUCACCGUUUUAAUGUCUACCGAAUUUCAUUAUAG